UCAUUUUAGUCUCACGCUCGAAAAAUCGUCACCUCGAUUGUUUUGAAAACAAAGUGCUCGAAAACACACGAUAAUCACAUCAUAAUAAUAAUUACCGCAGGUAAUUACGCAUUAUCGGAAGGCAUUGAAAACCCUAGAAUCGUCCUGGAAAAUACAACAUGACGGGAUAAAAAAUAGAAACGAUUCCACAAGUUCACCGGUCGUCAUUCGCUUUCGAGGUUAUCGUUAGAGUAUUGCAGAGCAACAAUUCCCCCUCCCCUCACCAUGAUGACAUCAAUAAUAAAGCUGCACGCAAUAUCCGGUGCGAUGGACGAGUCUCCCCCCUGCUACAUCCUCCAAGUGGAUGAGCUCCGAAUCCUCCUGGACUGCGGUUGGGACGAGAAAUUCAAUCAGGACUUCAUAAAAGAGCUGAAACGUCAUGUUCACCAGAUUGACGCUGUCCUACUGUCCUAUCCGGACCCUCUACACCUGGGGGCCCUCCCCUACCUCGUAGGUAAAUGCGGCCUCAACUGCCCGAUCUACGCGACAAUUCCCGUCUACAAAAUGGGCCAGAUGUUCAUGUACGACAUGUUCCAGUCCCGAAAUAACAUGGAGGACUUUGACCUGUUCACUCUGGACGACGUUGACGCAGCCUUCGACAAGAUCGAUCAGCUUAAAUACAAUCAGAGUGUCUCGAUGAAGGGGAAGGGUUACGGUGUGACAUUGACACCUCUCCCAGCGGGUCACAUGAUAGGAGGUACCAUCUGGAAGAUCGUGAAGGACGGCGAGGAGGACAUCAUCUACGCAGUUGACUUCAACCACAAAAAGGAGAGACAUCUGAAUGGCUGCGAGCUUGAGCGGCUCCAGAGGCCCUCGCUAUUGAUCACUGACGCCUUCAACGCGUCCUAUCAACAAGCGAGAAGACGUACUCGAGACGAAAAACUAAUGACGAAUAUUCUGCAGACCCUCAGAGCUGGGGGAAAUGUUCUCGUCGGUGUGGACACAGCUGGAAGAGUCCUGGAGCUCGCUCACAUGUUGGAUCAACUCUGGAGAAACAAGGAGUCCGGACUCCUUGCUUACUCCCUGGCACUUCUCAAUAAUGUCAGUUACAAUGUUGUGGAGUUUGCCAAGUCCCAGAUCGAGUGGAUGAGUGAUAAACUGAUGAAGAGCUUCGAGGGAGCCAGAAACAAUCCCUUUCAUUUCAAGCAUCUUCAGUUGUGCCAUAGCAUGGCCGAGCUCAAUCAGGUGCCCAGUCCUAAAGUUGUUUUAGCCAGUACUCCGGACAUGGAGUGCGGCUUCUCGAGGGAAUUGUUUUUGCAGUGGUGCACCAAUCCGCAGAAUAGUAUUAUCAUCACCAGUAGAACUUCACCAGGUACCCUAGCCCGCGACUUAAUGGAGAACGGCGGCAAUCGAACCAUAAACAUGGAAAUAAAGAAGCGAGUACGUUUAGAAGGUGCCGAGCUGGAGGAGCACCAGAAGCUUCUAAAAGUGAAACAAGAGCAGAUGAAGCAAGAGCACAUGGAGAUAGCGGACGUCAGUUCGGAGUCUGAAGACGAGAUAGAGAUGGGGAGGCACGAUCUCCUGGUGAAGCAGGAGAUAAAGCCAGGUUUCUUCAAGCAGAACAAGAAGCAGUAUCCGAUGUUUCCCUUCCACGAGGAGAAGAUAAAAAUAGAUGAGUACGGGGAGAUAAUCAACCCUGAGGACUACAAGAUAGCUGAUACAGUACCAGAGGCUGAGGACAGCAAGAUGAAUGUAGAUGUUAAGCCUGUUGAAACGACACUUCAGCCUGAGAUAUCAGCGGACAUUCCGACAAAAUGUGUUCAGGUGACGAAGACCAUCAGCGUUAAUGCCUCGAUAACUUACAUUGACUUUGAAGGAAGGUCUGACGGAGAGUCCCUGCAGAAGAUUCUGGCGCAGUUGAGGCCACGUCGAGUUGUCCUGGUGAGGGGAUCCCCUCAGGACUGCGACAUUCUGGCUCAGCAUGCGCAGAAUGUGGGUGCAAGGGUCUUCAUUCCCGGAAGGGGGGAGACCCUUGAUGCCACAACAGAGACACACAUCUAUCAGAUCAGGCUGACUGAUGCUCUUGUCUCUGGACUGAAUUUCCAGAAGGUCAGGGGUGGAUACGAGGUCGCCUGGGUCGACGCCAUGAUCACGGCUAGGGAACAGAUCUGCAGGGAUGCUGUUGCCGAUGAGAGUGAGGAGAGUGGCGAGAAGAUACUGACGCUAGAACCUCUGGGGAUGAACCAGGUCCCGGGGCAUCAGUCCAUUUUUAUCAAUGAACUGAAGCUCUCGGACUUUAAGCAAAUUCUUACUAAACAUAAUAUUCCGUCUGAGGUCAGUGGUGGGGUUCUCUGGUGCUGCAAUGACACUAUCGCGGUGAGGAAGGAGGAGACUGGGAAGGUCGUUUUCGAGGGGGUUGUCAGCGAGGAUUAUUAUAGGAUUAGGGAACUGCUUUAUGAACAGUUUGUUAUUAUAUGAAGGGGGGAGUUGGGUUGGGAGUUUGGGGGAGAUUUUGGGGGAUAUUGUUUUGAGGGUCAAUUGGGUUGUUUGACCCUUACGAGCAUUUGACCCGCAGCCCCGGACGUCAUCAAGGGUUUGAGGGUCAAGCAACUUCAAGAACAUUGAAAUCGAGGGGCGAAUGGUUUUAAGGGUCCAAUGGGUUGAAGGAGUUACUAAAAAGGGUCGUUUGAUCCUCAACAUGUCUUCAAGGGUCAUUUUGCCCUUAAGAAAAUUUGAUCCUCAACUCCAAACGUCCUUAAGGGUCUUAAGGGUCGUUUGACCCUUACGACGAACUCCUUACGGCAAAUGGCCCUUAAGAACGUUUAGGUUGAGGGUCAAAUGGCCGCAAGGGCCCAAUGGGUUAAAGGAGUUAUUAGAAAGGGUCGUUUGACCCUCAACGCAUCUUCAAGGGUCAUUUGACCCCCAAGACAAUUUGAUCGUCAAGCCGAAAUUGUUCUCAAGGGUCGUUUGACCCUUACGUCAAAUGACUCUUAAGGACAUUUAGGUUACGGGUCAAAUAGUCUCAAGGCCCUCUAAACCCAUUCGUUCCCAAAACAAAUCCCAAUGUAAAUACGAAUAAUUAAAUACCAUAUUUUUGAAACAAUUUUCACACGAAAUACAACAAAACAUUCUUCCCUCAGGGAAUGUGUUCAUGAAGAAAAUAAUGAAAACAAAAACCUUUUUUAUACAUCAAUAAAAUAUUCUUUAUUUCUUAAAUAAAAUACACUCCACAAUAGGCUGUAUAUAUAAACGAUAAAAUACAGUAUUUAUUUCACUUA